GCCCGGGAGGCGUGCAUGCCCCGGCUGCCCGCGGCGCUCACCAGCAGCAUGCUCUAUUUCCAGAUGGUGAUCAUGGCAGGGACGGUGAUGCUGGCGUACUACUUCGAAUACACGGACACGUUCACUGUGAACGUGCAGGGCUUCUUCUGCCACGACAGCGCCUACCGCAAGCCCUACCCGGGCCCGGAGGACAGCAGCGCCGUGCCCCCCGUGCUCCUCUACUCGCUGGCCGCCGGGGUCCCCGUGCUCGUGAUAAUAGUUGGAGAAACUGCUGUGUUUUGCCUACAACUGGCCACAAGGGAUUUUGAAAACCAGGAGAAAACUAUUUUAACUGGAGACUGUUGCUAUAUAAACCCACUGGUGAGAAGAACUGUGCGAUUUCUUGGAAUUUAUACGUUUGGACUGUUUGCUACAGACAUCUUUGUAAAUGCUGGACAAGUAGUUACAGGAAAUCUGGCUCCACAUUUUCUCGCCCUGUGUAAACCCAACUACACGGCACUUGGGUGUCAGCAGUAUACACAGUUCAUCAUUGGGGAAGAGGCCUGCACGGGCAACCCGGAUCUCAUCAUGAGAGCAAGGAAGACAUUUCCAUCCAAAGAAGCGGCUCUCAGUGUCUAUGCAGCUAUGUAUCUGACAAUGUAUAUUACCAACACAAUCAAAGCCAAAGGAACAAGACUUGCUAAGCCCGUUCUAUGCCUGGGCUUAAUGUGUUUGGCCUUUCUUACUGGGCUCAACAGAGUCGCAGAAUAUCGAAAUCAUUGGUCCGAUGUGAUAGCAGGCUUUCUGGUUGGAAUAUCUAUAGCAGUAUUUCUGGUCGUGUGUGUGGUAAAUAAUUUCAAAGGAAGACAACCAGAAAAUAAGCAUAUACACACAGAUAAUCUGGCACAGAUGCCAAUGAUCAGCAUUCCUCGAGUAGAAAGUCCUUUGGAAAAGAACCACAUCACUGCCUUUGCAGAAGUCACAUGAUAUUGAAGCAGAUGGUCUUUCACUGCAUU